AUGAAUGACGACGUAAGCAGCAUGAGGACGGUGUCGGGGAAACUAACAGCUGGUGGCCUCAGAGCUAGCAGCCUCAGAGCUAGCAGCCUCAGAGCUGGUGGCCUCAGAGCUAGCAGCCUCAGAGCUAGCAGCCUCAGAGCUGGUGGCCUCAGAGCUAGCAGCCUCAGAGCUAGCGGCCUCAGACCUAGCAGCCUCAGAGCUAGCAGCCUCAGAGCUAGCAGCCUCAGAGCUAGCAGCCUCAGAGCUAGGCGGGGGGCGCUCUUCCUGGCAGACUUUAUCCUCCACUCCUGCAGGGGCGCCGCCCCCCACCAGGGCGCCCCCGACGCGGUGGACGUGCGGGGGCGGCGGGUGCUGGAGGUCGCGUCAGGCGUCGGACUGACGUCCAUCGUCGCCGCCAUGGCGGCUGACAGCGUCGUCAUCACAGACAUCAACCGGGGCAACAUUCUGCGGUUGAUCCAGCUGUUUACAGUUGUCUACAACAAUGACCUGAUGUUUACAGUUGUCUACAACAAUGACCUGAUGUUUACAGUUGUCUACAACAAUGACCUGAUGUUUACAGUUGUCUACAACAAUGACCUGAUGUUUACAGUUGUCUACAACAAUGACCUGAUGUUUACAGUUGUCUACAACAAUGACCUGAUGUUUACAGUUGUCUACAACAAUGACCUGAUGUUUACAGUUGUCUACAACAAUGACCUGAUGUUUACAGUUGUCUACAACAAUGACCUCAUGUUUACAGUUGUCUACAACAAUGACCUGACGGACGCGUUCUUCGCGGCCGUGCACCGCCUGCUGAGUGCGCCGCCCUGCAAGACGCUGCUGGUCGCCCUAGAGAAGAGAUACGUUUUUACGACCACGGAAUACGACGUCGUAGCUCCGUGCUACGAAUAUUUCCUGCACCGCCUCGACGCCCUCACCAGGGACAACCCUGAAGCCCCAGCCUCCACGUGCCACGGACCACUUUCCCGCAAUAUUUCGUCCACGUGCCCUGAAGCCCCAGCAUCCACGUGCCCUGAAGCCCCGGCAUCCACGUGCCCUGAAGCCCCAGCAUCCACGUGCCCCGGGUCACGUGCACUGCACAUCCACGCGACGUGCCUCGACCACGCGAGUUUCCCGCAAUAUUUCGUCUACGACAGAACCAAGGAACUCGUCCUCUGGACCAUCCGCGCCACUCUUACUUAGCCGCCGUAGCAAUAGCAUUAUGGAUGCAUCCUUGUUAGGCACCAGUAUUGCUGGUAGGAGGAGCGGUGCUAAGAUUCUAAGUCAUUAGUACAACACGCUGGAUGCUACGCUGACUUUUAUUUCCCUGACUAACGACGCACGCAACACGCGGGCCUACAAGAAGACUGCCACCGUAGGUAAAAUUUUAGCAAUCUUUUGACGUAUAUAAAAUUUUGACGUGGUAAAAUUUUGACGCUGGUAAAAUUAUGACUUGGGUAAAAAUUUGACCUUUUUCAGGCUUGCAUAUAACCAGAUGUUUUGGUUUUAUGUCUUUUAGAAUUUGACAUAUGAAAUUAUUUUAUUCAUUUUCAGGUUGUUGAACUGAUUAUGGAG